AUGGAUGGUCAAGAGCUCCCAUAUCGAGGUGCCCCGUUUCCUACCAAGUGGCGUCGAAAUCACCCAAGAUCUAGAAAUGGUUGUUUGACUUGUCGGACCAAGCGUAAGAAAUGUGACGAAGUGAAGCCAAUCUGUACGGGAUGCACUCGUUCCAAGCAGGACUGCGUUUGGCCCACUCAAGAUCCGAAUCAACAAACAGAUACGCACUCUAAUGGUAUCACGCAAGACGGCAACUAUAUCGACAACUCCAAUCAGCAACCUCUUUUCAACCUUGAAGACUCUAGUGUACCCGCUACGUUGGUGAUCCCGCAAGCCACUGACACACCUUCAUCUUUAUCUCCCCGCGCGGCUCUUACUUAUGGCAACUUGGCCUAUCUAAGCGCCGAAUCGCGGCCCCUUUAUCAGCAGUACUUGGAUUUCACUGCCGACAUGCUGACACGGGGGCCUACCGUGGAUGGGAACCCCUUCAUCAACUAUUUACUCCCAUUGGCUGCAAAAGACCAGCUAGUCCUUGACUGUGUGCUUGCCAUUGCGGGAGCUCACCUUACGAUCAACGAUACUACAGUCGCGGGUCGCGGCUUGGAGGUGGUGACUCGUAGUCAUUUCGCACGUGUAUUGGCAGGUCUGCAAAAGCUGCUGUCUUAUGACACGGGCAUACUCAUCCCUGCAACAGACACGCAGACUAGAUCGACAAGGUCGUCGCAAGUUCUGUUAAUCUUGCAGCUUCUCUGUAUUUAUGAUCACAUGCAGGGAACUACUAGAGGCGCAAUUUAUCAUCAUCUGAAAGCCAGUCGCGAGUACAUAGCUUUGCUGGCGUCAGCUCCUCAGUCCAACAACGAGCUUGAGUACAUGCGAGGAUUUAUUUUGGAGCUGUACGCCUAUCAUGCAAUAAAGCUGGCUAUCUCUCCUCGCAACAUGCUUUCCGAGCAGACUGUGGAUAUUGAUCCCUCGGUACAUUCCUUGAAUGUUCUUAACGGCUACAAAACCCGAGGUUGUCUGCUUGGUUUCGGACAGCGUCUGUUUGAGAUGAUACCGCAGAUCUCACAACUCGUUGAAGCUCGUCGCGAGGAGGAACUACUGGAUCCCAGUAUACCUACAGCCCUGCAGACACAAUAUGAAUGUAUGGUUGCAAGAUUGGAAGCCUUCGACGCAUACGAAGAAAACCGCGAUGGCCUUCGUCCACGUCAAGAGGCCGUUGGUGCAACGAUUAUCUACCAGAACGCACUCAUUGUCUAUCUACACUCGGCAUUUCACGUGGACUUACUGGCCGAUCCACUCAUGGCAGCUGAACUCGAAAUGCGAAUCGGCAAGAUAAUGCCUUUCUUCUACGCCCUUUUCGUUAGCGAAUCUCCAUAUCGCCGAAUGCUUCUCUGGCCUGGAGUCAUGAUCGCUUCGUGCUCGCGACGCCAGGAGCAUAUCCGAGUGUUUAGGAUAGGAUUGAUCGGGAAGGCUACUCGCACACCUGGCGCAGUAAAGGCUGGUGCACGCUUGGUUGAACUUCUCUGGAAUGACCCAGAUCCCCGAGCUUUUGGUCCGAGAGGUUUGUCCUACAUCAUGACAAAGCAUGACAUCAAUUUUGGGCUGUGUUAG